UAUAUGUUUUUUUGGUACAUCCUUCGAAUUGAGUCGAGAAGAAAUUUCCCAAAACACUGAUUAUAAUAAACUUGUAAAAUUUGAUAAACACUAUAAGAUUUUCGUAUAUUCAAGUGAAAUGAACAAUUUAUUGUUGUGCUGAUACGUGAACCUGGUAGUGUGAAGGGUUUUAGUGGUUCAAAGGUCAAUGAGCGCCAGCAGCUCAAUGAUCAAUAUGGUUUUAUAUCAUUUGAGUGAUUUUUAGAAAAGUGAUUGUUAUCGAAAUACGACCAUUUUCACCAAGACUACACUGUAGCGCGUACCAACUUGGUUGGACAGUGUAGAACGUGUUUUUCCACAACGCACAACGUGUAGGAUUAUAGAAGUCCACGUGAUACCGAAUAAUUAGGCUGACCGGACGUACCGUUUUGAACGGGACAGUACCGUUUCUUCGACUGUUUUUAAGCGUCCCGUCUUUUGCCAUUUUGUACCGUUUUCGGAUACUCCUUGAACAAAACUUUGAUAGAGCUUCGCAUUGAAAUUUCCCUAAAUGGAAAAUAAGUUUCCAAGCAGCCAGGAUUUUCUAAUGUUACUGAGUACCUACGUUUUGUGCUACCCUGGCAGUACCGCACCACUGGAAGGACAUCGCCUAUCGUGAAUUGAUGAAAAAGUCGCGAUUGAAAGUUGAUUUGUUAGUCAAAAUAUCGAUCAUCAUGAGACGAAUUUCAGGAACUCCUUGCAAAAUAUCACACUUUUCAGUAUCGAGCAAGUUCAUCAAUGCAAUGAAUAAUUGUUUGUAUGCUUUGGUUGGUAAAAAAUUUCAAAAACCAAUUUUAUCAUGUGUCCCGUUUUUUGAACCCAUUUGUCCCGUUUUUAUCCAGAGAAAGUCUGGUCAGCCUACGAAUAAUCGGUUAACCCUGUCUCGAAGUCAGGCGCUAUCGCGCAAUUCAAUGUUUGAAAUAACGCGGAAUAUAUGUAUUGAUAGAAAUUUUAAUAGGGUUCAGAGUUAUAGCGACAUUUCACACACACUCAUUUGAGCUGUUCGAGAUCAUUUUACCUGACAAGAUAAUCCUGUUCGACACCGUUAAUGUAGCAGAGAAAAAAAGAAGUAAUCACUAAACCCUGUGGUACGCCAAAAGUUACUUCUCCAAUUUCAGAAUAUUGCUCACCGCAAUAAACUGCAUGAGUCCUUAUAAGAAGAUACGAGUCUAUUAGAUGCAUUGGGCGAGAAAUUAAAUUUUGUCACAGGUUUUAAACAAAGGUUGUGGUAGAGUAUCGUAACUUGUAUCUCGUUCACUAAACUAGCGAAGAUGCCUGGAGACGCUUACCGGAAGAAUAAAUUUGCACUGUCGUUUCUGUUGAUCACCAAAAUGCAAGACUCCCCAUGAAACAUUUCUGGUUUUAAAGCUAAUUACAAGUACAAAAUAAGUUGUAAGAGAAUCUCCAGGAGUAUCAUGAAACAUAAAUUGUUACUAGGGUCAUUAGUGCUAGGAAGCUAUACUAAAUAAAAAACAAGUUAUGUUGCUACUAAGAAGCUUUACUGAAUGAAAAAAUAUGGCUUAUUCAGCUUUCCAGAAAAAAGGUGGUUUCACGACGUCUUGCACAUAGUACAAGCGUUAACUAGAUCCUCAGUGAUAGCUUGUUUCUGAAAUAAGUCGACAUGCGUCAAAGUGCUACUGAUAUACGUAUCUAUAUCAGUUAUUAGAUUCGGACAAACGCGAGAGAUAACGCUGUGGUUCAAUAAUUGCGUUGCACAAACACGGAACAUUUACAAAUUGGAACAUGUUCAAACAUUUGAUAGCGAUGAUAAAAUUAUGCAACACGCACACCAAUGGCAGCAUACGGUUUUCAUGCAACUGUUAUAGAAAGUAAAUAAAAAAUAGCACAAUACACUAAGGUCGCUUUUUAUGCGUUUUUUUACGCGGCUUUUUACGCGGAUUCCGAAAUUCACGCGGUUUUUUUACGCGGAUUCCGAAAUUCACGCGUUUUUUUCCUUACGCGGAUUGCGGAAUUUCUUCACUCGGAUUCCGGAAUUCACGCGGUUUUUUACGCGGAUUCCGAAAUUCACGCGGUUUUUUCCUUACGCGGAUUCCGGAAUUCACGCGGUUUUUUUAUGCUGAUUCCGGAAUUUACGCGUUUUUACGUGGAUGGAUGGAUGGAUGACUUGGGGUUCAUGAAUUUUCCCACAUUGAAUUAUCUGCAUCUUAUUACCUAAAAAAAAAACAAAAAACAAAAUACACUUUAAACCCAACAUACAUAGAACACAAACGAAAAGUUAUUUUUAGAGAGGUUCUUUUUCAUUCGAUGUUCAGUAACACGAUGGAUCUCACAAUAGAUCUACGAUUCUGGUCACAGUGAGGAAGUCCGUACAGGAAAAAACACGAUGGAUAACAGUGGAUAUAGGGUAUUUUUAACACGUUUUCCAAAUUGCAUUUUUUCUGUAUGGAUUUCUUCACAGCGACCAGUGGCAUGCUUAUUAUUGUCGUUUAUAAGUGUUUGUGUGUUAUGUGAUACUCUUCCUUUUACCCGCUUACUGUUCUACUAUACCGAUGCUCGUUCCUCUUGCCAAGUAUUACCAAUUAUAUAUAAUUCCCUUGAGAAGUUUCGUCGUGCGUCCUUCUGGCCUGAUUUCAGCGUAAAGGAAGGGUAAGUAGUGGGGAGUCUGGGAAUGAACCCAUACUUAAAGUCCAGUUUUAACAUCGAAUGGCCUGAUUCUGAUAAGAUUCGAACCUUGCGGCUACGCAGCUCCCCUUCAAAAUUGUAUAGAAGGUGUGUCAUUGUGAAGACGGACAAUAGCACACCCAGGCACAUGCACUCUCAAACGUAUUAGGUCUUCUUUUUUUAUGUGAGAAUGUUUAUUAUACACCAUAGGUUUAUUAUACUCAGACUUCGCGGCCUACUGAAGUCGACGCAGUUUAUAAUCCAAAAUAUUUCCAGAGCAGGAAUGGUAUUCAGAGGCCGGAACCGACAACGAAACCAUUUUUAAAUUUAAAAUGGCGAUUUUCAAUUUCUGAAACACAGCUUAAAAUGACCAAAUACUACCCAACAUGGAUAUUUUCGGAACCAUGAUGAUGCCCAUAAGCCGAAGAAAUGAGAAUUUUCGAAUAAAUAAAUGAGAAUCGAUAAAAUGCCCAGAAAUACGAAAUUUAUUUCGAUGCCAUUUUUAAAUCUAAGUGGACAACUCCCAGUUCCUAAAAUAUAACCAAAAUAGUUUAAUUCACCCAAUAUGGAUGAUUCCAAACCCGGGAUAAUGCCAAGAGGCCGGAAAUUAAUCCCAAAAGGAAUUCUUAAAUCCAAGAUGGUGACUUUCGUUUCUGGAAAAUACUUUAGAAUGGUCAAAUACCAUUCUAUAUAGGUGUUUUCGGAAUCGAGAAUCCCGAGUAACACCAGGAACGUUCAAUUAGUUGAAUAUAUUGUUAAAUAUUGCAUCUUUGUUGCAUAGAGAGUUAGAGCUUUACGGAGUAAUAUCCACCAAUUUUUUUUUCUUUUCAUUUUUUUAUUGGCUUAAAUCAUGCUAAAGCUAUCCUAGAAUCAAAAACUACAUCGCCAAAGUACUGAUCUGAACUCAAAAUUCGUUUAAAUCAAUUUUUACCAAACAACUUUCAUGCUCCAAAAUAACAUUUUUCGUUUAUUUUGGUACUAGUAGAAGUUACCUAUGAUCGAUAUCGUGUUUCAAAUUUGAAGUAUAGAGGUCGCUGCAUCAAGUUUCGACCGUUACAGCGUCUCUACAGCACGUGUUUACUCACAAUUUACAUUUGUUUAGUCGAUCAGCCGUUCUCAUUGUGUACGUUCUUUGUUUGAGUUUUUCUAUACUUUUUAACUGUGAGUUAUACUCAAAAGUACUUAAAUAUGAGUGACAAGUUUGAGUUUUGCGUGGGAUCGGACGCCAACCGCGUCGAAGUCGCUGAGCGUCGCAUGUCUGAUACAGCGCAAGAGGGUAGGCGCAGCCUUACAUCAGAUAAAAAAGGAAGAAAAGGAAAAUAAAGCCCCGGAAGGACAACUUCACGGCGCAGGGAUACCUGACUUAAGGAUGAACGGAGCUUUGUUAUGUUCUUUUGCUGCGGCUACUAUCUGUGGAGUCCUGUCGAAUCCAGUUGAUUUAUUCCAACCAGCUGUUUUUGCGGAGACUCCUCGAGCGGAGCUAGCCGAUUAUCGCCUUAACGAAGAUGUAUGGCCAUCACACUAUGACGUAGAACUAACUCCCUAUUUUGAAGAUGAAGCGGAGCAUGCGGCUUUCACAUUCGAUGGAACUGUUACUAUUAAAUUAAAACCAUCAAAGGCUGGAGUAACCAAAAUUGAUUUGCAUGUAGCUAGAAUUAAUAAAACUUCUCUAACAUUGAACAAUGCUGCCAAUAAUGUGGUUGUACCGAUCGAGGAAACUAUCUAUAAUGAGGAAACGGAAAUCCUCACCAUACCCGUUAGUGGAGCCUUGGAUGAAACUGAUUACUUGUUAAAAAUCAGCUAUAUUGGUGAAUUGGCUGAUGAUAUGCAUGGGUUUUAUAGGAGUUAUUACAAAGUUGGUGGAAAAAAUGUCUGGCUAGCAACCACUCAAUUUCAGACUACAUCGGCAAGGCGAGCAUUUCCUUGUUUCGAUGAACCAAAGUUCAAAGCUACAUUCCAGAUCAGAAUUAAUCAGCCAAAUAGUUACAACUCUUUCUCGAAUACCGCUAUCCUAUCAGAAAAUCAAUUACCAAAUGGACGUACGCAAGUUACAUUCGAGAUGACGCCGAUUAUGUCUACUUAUUUGGUAGCAUUUAUAGUAGCACAAUAUGAGGAGAAUUUCGAAAACGGAAUAGGUAUACUAGCACGGCCGGAAGCAAAAAAUCAAACAGACUACAGUCUCCAAGUGGGAAUUAAGUUACUCAAAGAACUAGGAUCAUGGAUUGAUUACCCGUACAAUUCUGUCCCAGAAAUGACUCGUAUGUAUAUGGCAGCCGUCCCAGAUUUUUCUGCUGGGGCAAUGGAGAACUGGGGUUUAUUGACGUACCGUGAAACCAACAUCCUGUACCGGAGUGAUGACUCAACUAGUUUGCAGCAGCAGCGAAUUGCUGCUGUUAUUUCACAUGAAAUCGCUCAUCAAUGGUUUGGAGACUUGGUGACGUGCGAAUGGUGGGAUGUAACAUGGCUUAAUGAAGGUUUUGCUCGAUACUUCCAAUAUUUUGGAACAGCAUUAGUAGAGCAGAGUUGGAAUUUAGAUUAUCAGUUUGUUGUUGAACAAUUGCAAGGUGUUAUGCAAAUGGAUAGUUUGGAAUCUACUCAUCCCAUGACACACAAUGUAUAUACUCAAGCACAAGUUAGUAACAUUUUCGAUAACAUAUCAUACAACAAAGGGGCAGUUGUUUUAAGAAUGGUGGAACAUGCCAUAACUACUGAGAAAUUUCAAAACGCACUUAGAGAAUACAUUAAGGAGCGACAGUUUAAAACAAGUAGACCAGAGAAUUUAUUUUCGGCACUAAAUCUGCAUGGAAAAGCUGAUAUCAGUACUUUCAUGAAGCCUUGGACAACCCAAUCUGGAUACCCGCUGGUAACUGUUACUGGGUCUGAUGAUGGUUUUACUAUUAACCAGAGAAGGUUUCUGCUAAAUAAUAUGAGCCAUGAUGAUCCAACUUUGUGGCCUCUUCCGAUUACCUACGCGACCAAAGAGGAAGAUUUCGAAAAUACGAUGCCGACCGUCGUUGAUACUUCAGAGUACAAAAUUACUAUAACCAACGUAACACAGUUACCUUACUUCAUACUCAACAAUCAGCAGGUCGGUUAUUAUCGUGUGAACUACGACACUGCCAACUGGGAUAAAAUAAGUACCGCACUUCGGUCGGAAAACUUUGGUGGAAUACAUGUUUUAAACAGAGCGCAAAUCGUGGAUGACUUAUUCAAUUUAGCCCGUGCAGGAGAAGUGAAAUACGAAUCGGCAUUGGAUAUUCUUGAUUAUUUGCAAGAUGAAACGGAAUAUCCGCCUUGGUUGUCCGCAGUUAAUGGAUUAACCAUACUUUCCCGCAGAAUUCAUCCUGAAGAUGAAGAGUUGUUUGCGCAAUAUGUUAUUCAGUUAUUUAGUAAAGUUUACAACAUGGUCAAAUUUGAAGCUCCUGCCGAGGCUGAAAGCCGUCUAAUCACUUAUUUAAGAAUUAAUGUCCUCCAAUGGGCAUGUAACUAUGGACAUUCCGAAUGUAAACGGGCUGCUGUAGAGGAGUUCAAUCGGUACUUUAACAAUACUGCUGAAAAGGUUCACCCGGAUCUUCGUCAAAUCGUUUAUUGUGAAGGCGUUCGCCAGGGAACAGAGGAACACUUCGAUUUUCUUUGGAAUCAGUAUCUUACGACCAAUAUGGCUACCGAACAAAUUCUUAUUCUUCAAGGGCUUGGUUGUGUCCAGGAAAAAGAGCAGAUUUUCAAAUUAAUGGAUGCAAUCAGCUCGGAUGACAUCAGAUCUCAGGACAAAAGUACAGCCUUUUCAUAUCUCUUAGCAAAUCCUUAUACAAUUGAUCAUCUCUCUGAAUACCUUAGAAUGUAUUACGUUAGAUGGGCAGAAGCGCAUGGAUCAUAUAUGAAUGUCGCGUCGGCAUUAAACAAUCUACUAGCUCGUAUGAAAAGUAACGAGCAGAUGUGGGCUGUGAGGUCUUUUGCCGAACGAAACGAGAAGGUGUUUGGUGUGAAUGCCUAUAAUUCUAUUAUACAAGGCAUCGAAGAUUUUCAGGCUAAUCAAGAAUUUGUGGAAAAAAACCGUGUGGCGAUUCGCAACUUCCUCGAAGAGAAAACUAGAUCUUCGGGCACAGGAAUAACUGCAGUAGGUUUAACUAUUUUGUUAAGUGCUAUUAUUGCGUUGUUAAAUUAGUAUGCUACUGCCUUUGUUGCUACUGUUAGAACUUAAUUUGACAAAAAUUAUUCAAAUAAAGAUUUUGAUUUUUACAUUCAAUCAGAAGCUGAAAAAAAUGUUUUUGGGCAAAUUGACAUAGGUAGGAUAAAGGGGGCAGUUUUGGACGGGGGCAGUUUCGGACAGAGCUUAAAAAAACAAAUGGUGCAAUUUUCAACCAAACUAAAAAUAUAAGUAGUUGGCAGCCCUUCCACCAACAUCUACCAUAUAGUUUAAUAGCUCUUGUUUGUUUAUUACUUACGAAAACAACACAGUGCCAUUUUUCAUUCAUGUUUUCAACCGUUUGAGCCUAAAGUUGUAAGUUUUUCUCUAAUUUCUUUGUGGACGAUUUAAAAAUUUGAGUACACUACCUUAGUUCGUAACUAAUAUGCAAUGAAAAAACGUGAUAACAUCGGGAAACAAAGAUCUUAUUUAUUGGAUAAAAUUAAGAUUUGUCUACGGAUGGUGGUGGAGCACAUUCGGACAUCGUUCAUGGGGCACACUCGGACAUUUACCAAAUUUGUGUUUGAUUGUUGUUUAUUAACAAAUAUCGAUUAAGACUGAUUCUCAGUCCUUAAAAUGGUUCGGAACUACACGCUUCAGAGACCUGCGGAAUCAAAAGAAGUACCUUGGUCUGUCGUCUGAAAAAUCAAAGAAACGAAAAAACGGAAAAAUCAGAAAGCUUCUCGUCCAAAAAUUCAGAUCAACAAGUAUUUACGAACGUGGAAGAAACGUUUCUAUAGAAAUAUUUGAUCGAAAGUUCCCAUGUGAAUUAUGGAUUGACUUACCGUAUGGCAAGGCGAUUGGAAAAUUGUUUCUCAAUGUUCUGGAACACUUGAAUAAGGUUCCAGAAAGCAGCGUAAGUGAACCAAUUUUGCUGUUGCUUGACAAUCACGGAUGCCAUUGUACUUUGAAACAAUCAAAUAUUGCCGAGGAAAUGGCAUAGUUCUUGUAUCCUUCCACCCUCAUAGCCAGUUUGCUCGAUUUUUAUGUUAUGAAAUAAAUUUGAAAUAAGAGGAUGA